AGUUGUUGGCACGAGUCCCAGCAGUGGCAGGGUAGUGUUGGUAGGCGAGAGCUGACUGUGUGCUUGGAGCCAGUAGCUGCUCUGGCUGGUUGCAGUUGGCAUGUGAGGAGGCUGCGCAUGACCGUAAAAAGCAAUCAGUAGUUGCAGCGUUGUGCAACUCUCGCCCUGUAUAGUGCAGUUGUAUGUGCGAGUGGGGUUUUUGCUGCAAUACAGUUGCAAGACUUUUCCUGCAACCAGUUUUAGCUAAAGCAGAUGUCUGAGUUUCUCCAAUGCCCUUGUUCCGCACAAACGCUGUGAUCAUGAUCACGAGUCACAGAAGAAUACUGUCUACACUGGCUCUGUAUAGGAAAAAGGGAAACAAACGCAACGAGCGUUUUUCCGUGGAAAAUCCCUUUCUGAAUGUGUGUAGAUUUUCCUCGCUAACACCACUACUACUACGAUGAAUUUCCACCUCAAUGCGCAGCUGUGAAAUCUGUUUACAUUCAAGCAUACACACGCACACACACACCCUUCAGCUAAACAAACACAGUCAGCGUUCGUGUGCGUGUGCGUAUCAACGUGCAUAUAAACGCAUCUGUGUUAUGAUGCAGGAGCGACUGCGAUAGAACCGCCCGUGAGAGCAAGCGAGAGACAAAGACGACGACCCUUGGAAAAAAGGUUGAAGGGCCGCAUUCCAAACGCACCGAGACGCUGGUUCGCUGUGCCCGAUCGAUCGCCCCAGCCGUUAGUACGGAGUCGAACGUACUUCGGAAAGGUCGUUUCCAUCUGCUGACGACACAACACCAUAAUCUCCCCCCCCCCCCUGUUCUAUAUACAGCUGAGGCUAGAGGGGCUGAUUUAAACACAUUGCCCUUUCCCGCUAUCGCUUUGCAGAGUGCGUAUUGGUGUGUAUCAAAAGUUUGCUCUAGCGGACCAGCUUUAACUUUAAUGCCUAAUAAGUGCUUAACUUUGGCGCUUGUAUAUGUGUGAACAACAGCACCAGUGGCAAGACGGAAACAGAAAGCGGAAGUAAAACACAAGCCCUUCGAUCGUCGGUUUCACUUAGGAAGAAAAAAACUAGGUGUCAGUACGGCGUGUGUGUGUGUGCGUGAAGCGUGAAUUUUAUGCUCAAGGGAUAGUUCCGCCAAGUCAGUCCCCUUUAGUGCUUCGGUGUCCAAAUAUUGCAAAGAAAGUGCGCAAAACUACCCGGCAAAGAGCGAGGGGACCGAAAAAAGGAAAAAAAGUGUAGAGGGACGAUUCCCCUGUGCAACUGUGAAACUGCGUAGUAAGAAGCCGAAAGCCAGAGCGCAGAGUAGGCAGAACGGUUCGGCUAUCUGAAGGCCAACCAAUUUUCGAGUGUUGCGUCUGGACGACCGACCAGACUGCUACUACUAAGUCGUUGCUCAGUGAGGGCCAUCUUAUUGGAGGCUUGUGAUAUUUUGAUAAGGAACAAGUGGACGGCGCGAUACGAUUCUUGGUGAUAAAGCGAAAACGAAGGAACUUACCCCAUAGUAUUUCACGUACCAAAGGAUUAAUCUAUAUACACAUAGACAAGCUGUUAUUUAUUGGAGCUAUACAUACAUACACAACCUCAACAUACAUACCCGUAGUCUCCGGACUUUUCCAAAGAUUGUUUUCCUGCAGUUAGCUAUAAAUCUGUGUGAGAAUAAACGUUACUCCAAGUUGCUUCAAUCUACGAACCACUAUUGCUCUGUUCUGUCCGUGGCGUUCGCGUACAGAGUGUUGCACACAUUGACGACUGCACUGCUGCCAACGAUUGCUACAGGACGACCAUUCCUUGUCACCAUCGCUACGAAAGCGCGGUAUUUCAUGGACCACCAGUACGAUAAGGGUAGCUUGCUGCUUUGUCUGGCCAUCUUUGUGCACAAGCUAACGAUCGUGUUCCACUGGACGCAAAACUACCUGAAGGUUUUAGCGCUUGCUCGCGUCCAGCAGCGCACGGCGGGCGGAGAAGUGGUUAGCAGCAGCGGAUCGGCCGCACCUUCCUCUACCCCGAAAGCGCCCGGCGACGCCGACGACGACAUGCGUGAGAUGGCCCAUGCACUAUCAUUGCCCGCGCCCAUCGAUCUACCGGACAACAAGCAGAAGGAUGACGAUCUUGCGUGCAUGUCACCCGAAUACUUUCACAUCGAGGAGAACCGGUUACGUACGUUCGGCCGCUGGCCUGUUGCAUUCAUCAGCCCGAACGUGCUCGCCCGCUACGGGUUCUUCUUCGUCGGCACGGACGAUACGGUCAAGUGCUAUUUCUGCCGGGUGGAGAUUGGCCUGUGGGAGCCACAGGACGACGUGAUACAGGAGCAUCUGCGCUGGUCACCGUUCUGUCCGCUGCUGAAGAAGCGUCCCACGAACAACGUCCCGCUGAACGCGAACUACCUCGACGCGGUGCCGGAACCGAGCUACGACACGUGUGGCAUUAGCGUGCGGCAACACUCGUACGCGGAAAACGUUAACGAUCGGGCGCGGCCCGAUCUGGACCGGAUGAGCGGAGAUUCGUGGAGUGGAGCGAGUGACAUUAGUCUGAGCAGUAGCGGCAGCAGCAGCCACAACGGUGGCGAUGCCGAACCAAUGUCUGGGGUGAGCGGUUUGAGCAGUGGCGGUGGUGGUGGUGGUGGUGGUGGUGGUGGACUGCAGCAGGACCGUGCCUCGAUGACGGCGGCCGAAUGGAACAACGGGGUGCUGAUGGGCGAGCACAGCCUAAUGCGCCGACCGGAAUACCCGAACUAUGCAAUCGAAGCCGAUCGGCUGAAGACGUACGAGGAUUGGCCGACGUCCCUAAAGCAAAAGCCACAGCAGCUGAGCGAUGCCGGCUUUUUCUACACCGGCAAGAGCGAUCGGGUGAAGUGCUUCAGUUGCGGCGGCGGCCUCAAGGAUUGGGAACAGGACGAUGAGCCGUGGGAGCAGCAUGCAAUCUGGUACAGCAACUGUCACUACCUGCAGCUGAUGAAGGGCCGCGAGUUUAUUGAAAAGUGUAACGAGCUGAAGGAAGCGGCCGCCUCGGCAACCAGCGGCACCUCGUCGUCGAUGUCGUCGGCCUCGUCGCAACCGUCCACGUCCGGCAUCAGUUCGGCUUCGUCGUCGGUCAUGAGCACCUCGCCCGCCUCGUCUAGCGGAUUCAGCUCACCGACGCCGGCGGCGGACGAGGAGCGCACGCUGCGCUGCACCGAUCACUAUUCGUCCGGCAGCGAUGAGGGUGGUGAGGAUGAUGCGGGCCACAACCGGAAGGUACCGUCGGACGGCAAGAUCUGCAAGAUCUGCUUCGUCAACGAGUACAACACCGCGUUCAUGCCGUGCGGGCAUGUGGUGGCGUGCGCCAAGUGCGCCUCGUCCGUUAACAAGUGUCCGCUGUGUCAGCAACCGUUCAUCAACGUGCUACGGCUGUACCUGUCGUAAGAGGAGCCUUAUUGCAGCGAGCGCAACCGAUUGCAACCAGCGAUCGCUGGUGCGAUCAUCCUGGUCCAGGAAGAGGGAGAAUCAAUCACUCUAUGUCCUUUCAAGUUUCCCCACCGUCGUUACCUGGGCUGUGCCUCGAAGGGGUGUGUAUGUGGGUGGGCGAAUGAUGGCCGCGGAUCGUUUUGCGUUAGGUUUAGACGAUCGAUCGAAUUUUCGCCUAACUGCUUUGUCGCAACAUGGAGGCAUUUAGGCCAAUAAACAAUAUCACCCUUCUUUUACACGGUGCCGGGUGCAAGGGCGCACAAGAAUCUGCAGACUGUGACACAUUUUUUUGUUUGACGCAGAACUAGGCAGCCAUCGCCUCAAGAGAGAAUGGAUCGGCGGGUGUGACAUGUGUGUUAAAGGGAAAAUAAAAUUUUCCCCAUUUAUACAGUAAGGAUGCAAACGAAGCUCAGUGCGAGAGUAUCAGAGAGAGAGAUAAAGAGAGAGAGAGAGAGAGUAGAAAUCAGCGGAGACACUGAGCAUAUGAAGCAAUUUUUGUUUCUAGAUGUUUGUGUACACGUGCAUCUCACGGCUUAUGGUGGGCCACCCCCGGUGUGUAAGCUACAAACCCACGUUCCGGUAUAUUACCCCCAGGAGUAAUCUGUACAGAUAGCAAGUAACCUGUGAAUGUUGACGUAUAUUUUGAAUCGGAAGUAUCAACUAGACUAGUAGUAAGGACGAACUUCACUGUUCAAUGGUUCGAACGCACCGGGCUGCCAUCGAAGCGCUUUGGCGACGACUCCCUUUUCGAGAACGCUUUCCUUCUCGGAGCUUGUUUACACAGAACAGCCUCUUUUGUGUUAAGGACAACCUCUGUUUGGGGACAUUUUCGUGGGUCUGUUGUGCCCGGUAACGAGUGGCAACGCUCGGUGCGUUUAUUCCUCUGCCUGAAACAAGCCACUUAGGAGCAAAACAUAAUUUCGCACAGAUAAACACACUAGUUUGCAUGUAUUUCAAUUUAGACGGUAAGACACUCAGCUAUCGAGCUCCGUGAACUAAUAAGGUCUUGAAUUGCUUUAAAGCCUGUGGCUUAGCUGUAAGUGCGAGGCCGUUGGGUUUUAACGAAGAGCCAUUUAUAUGAAAAACGAAACGAAACAAAUAACGCAAGUGACAAAUGAAAACCCCGUAAAAACGUUGCACCACCCAAUCAAACCAACCGUCGUCGUCUGCUGUUGCUAGGAAACGCUACAUAUCGUUACAACAUUGACGUCAUUAACUCAUCACUAUAGCCACCAAACGAUCUCUCCACGAGGAAACAGAAACCCUUCAACCGUACGUGUGUGUGUGUAUGAUGAAGUACCUAAAAGAAAAUGAUCUUAACAUAACAUGUUAUACAAGGCAUAUUAGGCGUAAUAAUUCUAGUGUGGAUAUAGUGUUUAAGAAGCUACUGUCAUGAUAAUAACGUAACAAUAAAUGGUAAGCGUAAUGUUGAAUCUAUA